AUGCAAAGAGCUCUUUCCUCCAGGACAUCUGUCCUUUCCGCCGCUUCUAAGCGCGCUCCUUUCUACAGAUCCUCUGGCUUCAACCUCCAGCAGCAACGGUUUGCCCACAAGGAGCUCAAAUUCGGCGUCGAAGCCCGUGCCCAGCUCCUUAAGGGUGUGGACACUCUUGCUAAGGCUGUCACCUCCACUCUUGGUCCCAAGGGCCGCAAUGUCUUGAUUGACACUCCUUACGGCUCUCCCAAGAUCACCAAGGACGGUGUGACCGUCGCCAAGGCCGUUCAGCUUCAGGACAAGUUUGAGAACCUUGGUGCUCGUCUCCUUCAGGAUGUUGCCUCCAAGACCAACGAACUCGCCGGUGAUGGUACCACUACCGCUACCUGCCUUGCCCGUGCCAUCUUCUCCGAAACCGUCAAGAACGUUGCCGCUGGCUGCAACCCCAUGGAUCUGCGCCGCGGUAUCCAGGCUGCUGUCGAGGCUGCUGUCGACUACCUGCAGCAGAACAAGCGUGACAUCACCACCGGCGAGGAAAUUGCCCAGGUCGCUACCAUCUCCGCUAACGGCGACACCCACGUUGGUAAGCUCAUCUCCACUGCUAUGGAGAGAGUCGGCAAGGAGGGUGUUAUUACCGUUAAGGAGGGCAAGACCCUUGAGGAUGAGCUUGAGGUCACUGAGGGCAUGCGUUUCGACCGUGGUUACACCUCCCCCUACUUCAUCACCGAUACCAAGUCCCAGAAGGUUGAGUUCGAGAAGCCCUUGAUCCUCCUUUCCGAGAAGAAGAUCUCCGCUGUUCAGGAUAUCAUUCCCGCCCUUGAGGCCUCCACUACCCUCCGCCGUCCUCUCGUCAUCAUUGCUGAGGACAUUGAGGGUGAGGCUCUCGCCGUCUGCAUCCUGAACAAGCUCCGUGGUCAGCUCCAGGUUGCUGCCGUCAAGGCUCCUGGCUUCGGUGACAACCGCAAGAGCAUCCUUGGUGACCUUGGUGUCCUCACCAACGGUACCGUCUUCACCGAUGAGCUCGACAUCAAGCUUGAGAAGCUUACCCCUGACAUGCUCGGUUCCACUGGCUCUAUCACCAUCACCAAGGAGGACACCAUCAUCCUGAACGGUGAGGGUACCAAGGACUCCAUUGCUCAGCGCUGCGAGCAGAUCCGCGGUGUCAUGGCUGACCCCACUACUUCCGAGUAUGAGAAGGAGAAGCUCCAGGAGCGUCUGGCCAAGCUCUCCGGUGGUGUUGCCGUCAUCAAGGUCGGUGGUUCCUCUGAGGUCGAGGUCGGUGAGAAGAAGGACCGUGUCGUUGACGCCCUCAACGCUACUCGUGCUGCUGUUGAGGAGGGUAUCCUCCCUGGUGGCGGUACCGCUCUCCUCAAGGCCGCUGCCAACGGCCUUGACAACGUCAAGCCUGCCAACUUCGACCAGCAGCUCGGUGUCAGCAUCAUCAAGAAUGCCAUCACCCGCCCUGCCCGCACCAUCGUUGAGAACGCUGGUCUUGAAGGCAGCGUUAUUGUUGGCAAGCUUACUGAGGAGCACGCCAAGGACUUCAACCGCGGCUUUGACAGCUCUAAGGGUGAGUAUGUUGACAUGAUCGCCAAGGGUAUUGUCGACCCCCUUAAGGUCGUCCGUACUGCCCUGGUUGAUGCUAGCGGUGUCGCCUCUCUCCUUGGUACCACUGAGGUCGCUAUUGUUGAGGCCCCUGAGGAGAAGGCCCCUGCCGCCCCUGGUGGCAUGGGUGGCAUGGGUGGUAUGGGCGGCAUGGGCGGUGGCAUGUUCUAA